CGAGUUUUCUUGUCUUAUGUCCUUCCAAAGGGCAAGAAAACUUUUGGUUGGAGCUUAGAACUUCGAAGAUUGAAGACGCAAGGGUCAUUUCACCCCAAAAGACUGGCAUCUUCCCGAGUUUACCUUCUCGGGACCAAGUUGUCUCAUCCACCUCCAUAGCACAUUUUACCCCUUGAGACAUGCCCGUUUUUCGCAGAGCUUUUUCAAGGCUUUCAUCCCUGUUUACUUCUCGCGAUGUUGAGCUCAAGUCCGACCCAUCGCCAAUGGAAAAAACUGCCACUCCUACGACCGGUGGUUCAAAUAGUCGCUAUCGCGUCUGCCAAACACUAUCGGCACACGGUAUUGCCAACGUGGUCUGGCUCGAAGAAGUCCCCAGAGCCUACAGCUACGAUACCUGCACCGGGGAUCUCUUUCUUCUAGUUGCAGAACCAAAAAAAGCCGCGGGGGUGUUAUUGACUAAAGGUAGCAGUUGGCAGCAGAAGGAUACUAGUGCUGACCAGGAUCAAGGGCCUUUGAGUCCAGGUGCAAUCACGAUCGAGUCGAAGACUGAAGCUGAAAGUAUCAAGGGCGAAUUGGAAGAUGAGACUUCCGGCAACAGCGACAAUCGCGUGGUGCUCCUUGAUGCUGCUCUAUGGGACUACGACCUCUCUACGGCGACUAUACAGCCACACAUACUCCCGGCCCCGCUACCUACACUUGAGGCUUUCCUCGGCUGCUUGAUGCGAUAUUGGCUAAAUCUCUCCGAAGAAGAUCUUGAUUCAGACCCCAUAUGGUCUCACAAGCUUAGCUGUCUCAUUCACAACGCUUAUUGUAUCGAAGGGUCAUAUGGGGCCCUGGUAAAGAGUGUCGAGUUCGAAAAGAGUUUGCCACUUGAAGUGCUCGAACUGCAUUUUGAUCUCAUUGGAGAUUAUCCUGGGCAGAGUGAUAUUCACAGCUUCCGCAAACACGAAUAUCAUUCCAUGAGAUCUCAGCAAAUCCAAAAGGGUACAUUCACUGCACGACGAUACCCCACCGGAAACGUGCCCCUAUCCUUGGCUGAAUUCCCGGAACUUACCGGUGUAUAUACCGUUCUGGAAAGGAACCAAAAGCCAUCAAAGGUUAAGACACCUAAGAAGACGAUCAAAAGGAUGUCCAAAGCUGCCGAACCCGUUCGUUUAGCUCCACUCAGUGAGGAGACAUCAAACACUUCUCAGAGCCCAGAGGCCGUGCAGAUACAGAUCAUGUCUGACCUUCAUUUGGAAACUCCAAAGAUGUUGCCCAUGUACGGCGACUUUGCGAUCCCCCAUCUCUGUCCUUAUCUGGCUCUUCUUGGGGAUAUCGGCAGUGUCUGGGAUGAAAGGCUUUAUAAGUUCCUCCACGCCCAACUUCUUCAGUUCGAGACUGUUUUCUAUGUCAUGGGCAAUCACGAGCCAUACCCUGCAACAGAAAGCCAGUACGACGGGUCUGCAACCUGGGACCAGGCAUUGUCCAUCAUGCAAGAAUUCGAGAAAACCCACAACGCAAAUUUGGAAGCUCCCAAACAAACGACUGAAGACUCUGAAUCACCCAAACCCGGCCGCUUCGUGCUCCUAAACCGCCGCCGCUUCGACCUCUCACCCACAGUCACCAUCCUGGGAGCGACGCUCUUCUCCCGCAUAGCCGACGACCAGCGCAGCUCCACAUCCCUCUUCCUCUCCGACUUUUCCAACAUCUCCAACUGGACCGUCGACGACCACAACGCCGCCCACGCGGGGGACCUCGCAUGGCUGAACGGCGAGGUGGCGGCCGUGGAGCAGGAAGGCCGGGUGGCGGUGGUCCUGACGCACCACAGCCCGACCAUGCUCCCCGAGGCCAAUGACCCAGACCAUCUCGAGGACGAAAGGGGAGUCCAGAGCGCGUUUGCCACCGAUCUGAGCGGGGAGGUCUGCUGGACCAGUCCGUGCGUCAGGGUGUGGGCGUUUGGGCACACACAUUUCAACUGCGAUUUUGUGCUUCAUGGGGCGACGGGGGAGGAUGGGUUACAGGGGAAGGGGAAGAGGGUGGUGGCUAACCAGAGGGGGUAUGGUAGGGAUGAUGCGUAUAGCUUUGAUGCGGAGAAGGUUGUUAUCGUUGAGUAUUAG